CCUAUUUUGGUCUUUUGCAAAGUGUACUCCUACCCAGCAACUAUGUCUUUUGUUGACACUCUGCGCCAGUGGGACAUGGCUGUAACUUGUGUUGACAGACAGGAUUUGUCAGAGGCACUCAAGAUUUUCCUGUCUAUCCAAGAUCCAAACUCUAAAAUUAGUUUUGACAUUGGCUGUCUCCAUUUUCUCAACAAAGACCUGGAUGCUGCUGAAAAGGCGUUUGAUUGCAGCAUACGUAAAGAUGAGCAUUUGGCUGUUGCCUUCUUUCAAAGAGGAAUGACAUUUUACAAAAAGAAGAGGUAUGAGGAGAGUUUAGCUGAUUUCCAGCAAGCUUUCAAAGCACUAAGAGGCAACCAGCUGAUAGAUUACAAAGCGCUUGGUCUCAGAUACAAAUUAUAUGCAUGUGAGGUUCUUAUCAAUAUGGCUCUGUCUGAGGCUCAGCUGGGUAACUGGGAAGAAGCCCACAAAAACCUUGUGAAGGCUCUCAAUUACAAGACAGACGCCAAGCUCAACAUCAUCGAUAAAGCUCUGGAUUCCGCCCUGAAACAGAAACUUUUCAAACCAGUCGAGUUCCCAUCAAAGGUGCUUUUCAAACCAAAUAAGCACUAUGUUGCUGAGCUGGAGAAGAAGGACUACCUGGGCAAAGCAAAGGUGGUUGCCUCUGUCGUUCCUCAGGAUGCCUUCUCUGGAUUUGCCCCAUUACAGCCACAGGUACAAGACGGUCCAACUAGUCCAAAGGAGCCGGAGGUUCUAAGGGCUUUGGAAGGAGAGCCCCACACUGUCCUGUUUCAGUUUGUUCCUGAGACCAGCGAUGAGUUGGCUGUCGUGCCAGGCAAUGUUGUGUUUGUGCUGCAGAAGGGAGCCGAUAACUGGGCAUCUGUGAUCUUUAAUGGAAGAAGGGGACUUGUUCCUUACAAUUACCUGGAGCGUUAUGAGAUGUCCUUGGCUUCCAGACAGAACGAGGGAAUACCUCAGCCUCCGAGUCAGGAACCACCGACCAGACCUAAAAGAAAACCAGGUCUAACUCCAAGGAGCGACAGCAGCGACUCAGAGAGAAAUGAAGAACAGCCUCCUGACAAUUCACUUAUUGUCAAAGUCCGUUUCACAUUCACCUUUGCUGUCUCAGUACCACCCGGAUCUCCUUAUGCAAUACUGAUUGAAAAGAUCAGUAGGAAACUGAAUCUCCCUAUGACUGCAAUCACUUUGAGUCUAACCCCUGAAGCUACGGGACAAAGUGUUAUCGAUGACAGCACAGACAUGGAAAGUGUGUGGAGUCGUGCCAGUGGUGUGCACAUCACUUUGUGGUGUUACGCAAAGGAGCAAACAGAUCACAGUCCAAAUAUCGAGGUUCCCUUGGUGGCACUUUACUCGUAUGAGUCAUCAAAUCCAGAGGAUCUCAAGUUUCAUCAAGGCGAUACAAUCACAAUCAUCUCUAGAGUUAACCAGGAUUGGUUGGAAGGGCUAUGCAACGGGGAUACUGGUAUAUUUCCUGCGUCCUUUGUGGAAGAAGUUCCUGUCAAUGGCCAGUAAUUUAAAUGAAUGAAAGUAAGCAGCAC